UGUUCUUGUCCCACUUUACAAGUGAUGAAAGGGAGGCACAAAAGGGCUCAAGAAGACUAUAUGUAUUUUUCAACCACAGAAGUAAAUGAGUCCUGCAUUGCCCAACCCAAGCCAUGCACACUGGAAAGAGAAUCUACUUUUUAUGGCAAGACACAAAGGGAAAGCCGGCCUCCAUCAGAGAAGCUCAAGAUUUCAGUGAUAUCUACAGGUAAUGGUGUAAACUCCCUCUGUGAACAGCCCCCGACAAAGGAUGCUGUAGCCCAACCAGGAUCCACAGAGAACAUUCAGCUUCCAGAGAGAACCAAAGAGCAUGGGCUGUCUCAGCCAGGUGGCAAAGAUGAUACUCAGGGGGCAGAAGAAAAGAAGGCAGUGGAAGUAGUCACAGAGUUGGAGCCUUUAAAGGGAAAUGCUGAGAUUGAACCUAUUGGAACAGAAGCCAUGUGUCAGCCUUUGAGGACAGCAGGACAGAGUGAGUCUCCUGGAGCAGUGGAAGGCACUGAGAACAUACAGUGUGCUGCAGAGAUGAGACCUCUAGAAACAGCUGAGAAAAGUCCUCCUCUGGAAGCAGCUAGAGAGCUACAAGCUCAAGAUGAAGUGGCACAGGAUGAAGAGUCUCUAAUCCCAGAAACAGUUCCCAAAGAGACUGAAUCUCCAGAAAUACUGGAACAAAGUAAUCAGCUUGUGGAGAACAGUGAAGAGCAGCAAUUAGGAAAAGAAGAGCAGUCCCAAUUUCUAGCAGCUGCCAAGGGAAAUGAAUCUGCAGAGGUAUUGGAGAGAAGUCAACUUGUGGAAGGAGCAGAAGAGCAGCAACUUCAAGAAACCAUGGGAAAAGAUAUGCAGUCCCAACUUUUAGAAACAAUUCCCAAAGAAAAUUCUCCAGAAAUAUUGCAAGGAAGACAUUUUAUGGAGUCAGCUGUAAAGAAUGAUUUGCUCCAUAAAACUUCAGAAGUUCCAGGAAACAUGGAGGAGAUUCAACCUGAAGGGGUAGUUGGAAGCAUGGAAUCGCCAGUAGGAAUUUCAGAAACAGAAACAACUGUGGAUGUGGCCAGGGAAAUUCACACCAAUGAAGAGGACCAACACAUUGAAGGUGAGACAGGAGAAAAAGUUGAAACAGAGAUGGAGAACAAGAAAUUGAGUGAAGGAACUGAAACAAAAGAAGAAGAAACAGGAGAAUAUAUGGACCUUUCAGCAGCCACAUAGAUAGGUACGGUGAGAGGAGGGUGAAUGGACACAGCAUGUCAGAAUACAGAAGACAGAAAAGUGGUAGUGAAACUUGUGGUUACAGAUCUGAUCUUUCAAUAUCUACAUGUUUUACUUAAGGAAUGUGGUGAUCAUGUUCUUAAUUACAUUGUUCCAUAAAACCACUAAACUGUAAACAGUUUUUUUUAGCUUUUGCAAAUAACUAUCUCUUCAAAACUACAAUAGCAAGAGAUAAUAACAACUAGGGUUGUUACACUCUCAUAACUUAAGAGUCUGAGGCUGCUUUCUUCAUUGUGGCAAUGGAUCCAUUCAGUAUAGAAAAGAGACCCUAAAAAGAAAGUGCAAACCUUUAGCUAUAGGUGACUGCAGAAAGUAGUUAGUGAAUUUUAGGGCGGUCAUGAAAAUAAAGUCACACAGUAAUAAUUAUGAUGGAAAAGAAUGAACAACAAUGGGACAACUGUGCCUAGUAUUCCUUUACUAUCACAGAAAAGCUGUUAAGAAUCUUAGGAAGUAUGCCAUCUAAUUACUUUUUCACCUUAAGUGUAAGACUAUUGUUUAUCAUGGGAUAUUAAAUAUGUCAACAAAUUGUUUUCAAAGGACGCAUACUUUGGUGCUGUAGCAAGAUUAGGCACUUUCCCCAUGAAAUAUUCCAUGUGCCAUUUUGAAUCAGCUGAUUUUACAGUUAAGUGAGGUUUUCAAAUGAGGUUGUCCUUUUGAUUGACAUUACAAAUAUUUUAAAAUAAUUCAUCUUUAGAUGUAUUUCAGAGGUAACAAAUAGCAAGAAUUAAAGCCUUGUAUUGUCACCUAUGUGGGGCCUAAUUCUUUGACUUUUCUUUUUUUUAGAUUAUUAUGAUUUAAUAUUAGGCUGUAGAGGUAGAAAGGAGCUAAGAAAUCAAUAUUUUUAAGUAUUUAUAAUAUUUCAUUAAUGUUGAAUGAUGCACCAUAGAAAGUCACUUUUCAAGAAUUCUUUCAAAGUUGCUAAGGGGUUUUGGUAAAUGAUUGUAUGUGAAUAAUGAUGAUACUAGCAAUUGUGCAUUGUGUUGAUGAAUAUCAGGACAGAAUUAUAUUCUGGAAGCAUUUGGUUUCUUUAUCUUAAUUGUAUUGUAAAUGUAUGUUUUUAAAAUAACUGCUUGGAUAAAUUACAUGGACUCUUUCAUUUUCAAUCUACUUUAAAAUGACUAAGAUGACCUGUAAUUAAUUUGGAGGAUCUAGGAUAGAGAGAACAUACCAUUUUAAUUCUGAUUUUAAUAUUGGCUUAUGUUUCUGACUUUAAAGAGUUGAGGUAGAAAACAACAGGAGUCACUUGGGUGGAUGACAUCAACCUUUCUGCAAAGUUAAGAAGUUAAAUUGUGAUUUUAUUGAGAGAAGAACUGUGUUUUAUAUAUCUUUGAAUUUAGUCAUUUAGUUCCUCUAAGGGAAAAUGAUAGGUGCUUGCUAAAUAUUUGUCGAAUCAGUGAAUGAAUAUGAUUUUCCAUUUCCAUUUAAUUCUUUAAAAAAGAAUGCAUUUAAAAUAUAGAUUUGUGUAACACUAACAUUCUCAUGCCAUAGCAACUUACGCUCAGGCAUAUGAUAGUUCCCCAGGCAACUAUCAGGCAAUGAUAGUUUCCCAAACAACAAUAUUUCUAAGUCAGAAAGUUGUAUAAAUCAGGAACUAAAUCAACAUCUUUCAGUCUACAUUUUUUCAUCCAAAGGUAUUAUUCCUGACCAAAAGUUAUUUUUAUACAGGUAACUAGUAAGUAGAAAAAUGGCAAAGCUUAGCGCAUAAUAUGAUUACCUUAAAAGUAGAAUUUUCCUUUGUAUUAAGAAUGGAAAUAUAGGAUUCAUUUAGUAGGCAGAAAGUCCAUUCUCUGUUAUGUGGAUUGUUUUAAAAAAAAUCUUCUAUGCAUGUCAAGGAGAUCUAUUUAGAGCUUAUUCUUGAGGGAUCUGUUCCUCAAACACAUAGUUGCAAUUAAAAAGUUUUCCAAUUGUUUAAUUUUAUUAUUUCCUGUUAAUGACUAAAACCACUUAUUCUCAGAAA